UCAGAGAGAAGAGUUACCCCUCAACGCCUCUGUGGUCAAGAUAUCAUACGUGUCCGAGCGACAGAUUCAUUCACCAUGUCUUUGGAUAUCACGACGUUCUACAAUGUCAUCAAUAACGAACUGACCACGACCGCCCAAACGCGUCAUGGCAUCAAUCCCGCCAAUCGCCAGCCUAACCCGGAGGUGCCUCUUUCCACGGCCGAGGAUCUCGACAAGGCUGUAAUCGCCGCUCGCAAGGCAUUCAAGACAUGGUCGCGCACAUCAAUUGAGGAGCGCCGGGAGGCGACAACUGCCUUUGCCGACGCUAUCGAAUCUAACAAAGACUCCCUCGCGAAGCUUCUAACCCAGGAGCAAGGCAAGCCAUUUACCCAAGCGGCCGGGGAAAUCGAGAACGCUGUCAAAUGGGCGCGAGGACUUUCCUCCCUCACCCUCCCCGAGACCGUUAUCGAGGAGAGCGAAGAGCGCAAAGUCAUCCAGCGGUACACCCCCAUUGGUGUUACAGGUGCUAUUGUGCCGUGGAAUUUCCCCAUCUUGUUGGCGGUCGGAAAGAUUGUCCCUGCCGUGCAUACUGGAAACACGGUAAUUGUUAAGCCGUCGCCUUUUACACCUUACUGUGACCUGAAGUUGGUCGAGCUUGCUGCUCACUGCUUUCCCCCAGGUGUGGUGCAAGCGUUGAGCGGCGGUGAUGACCUUGGUCCGAUGAUGACUGAACAUCCUGGUAUCGACAAAAUCAGCUUCACUGGAUCUAGUUUGACUGGCCGUCGAGUUAUGGCUAGCUGUGCUAAGACGCUGAAGCGAGUGACUUUGGAGCUUGGUGGCAAUGACCCUGCCAUCAUUUGCGAGGACGUCGACAUCGACGCAGUUGUUCCCAAGCUCGCAAUCCUUUGCUUCCUCUGCUCAAGUCAGAUCUGCGUGAUGGUUAAGCGUCUCUACGUCCAUGAGAAGAUCUAUGACGAGCUCCGCGACAAGCUCGUGGAAUACGUGAAAAACCUCAAGGUAGGCGACGGGACUGAAUUGGAUGUCUUCUUCGGCCCUGUUCAGAACAGCAUGCAAUUCGGAAAGGCCCGAGACCUGAUCAGCAGCAUCGCUUCCGAAGGCUUGAACUCUGCCUUGGGAGGCACGAUCCCCGACUCCAACGGUUUUUUUGUCCCCCCGACCAUCGUCGAUAACCCGCCAGAGAACUCGCGUGUUGUCAAGGAGGAACCGUUCGCGCCCAUCCUCCCCAUUCUCAAGUGGUCCGAUGAAGAGGAUGUACUUGCACGCGCUAAUGACUCCGAGUCUGGACUCGGAGCAUCGGUUUGGAGCAAGGACCUUGAUCGUGCCCAACGAAUUGCGGAUCGGCUCGAGGCUGGUAAUGUGUGGGUAAACUCGCACUUUGACUUGCAGCCUAACGCGGCAUUUGGUGGACACAAGACUAGUGGAAUUGGCCAUGAAUGGGGCGUUACUGGUCUGGCUGGAUGGUGCAAUGCCCAGACCCUGUAUGUCAAGAAGAACCCGUAAAGUGAUAUUGGUGUUUGGAAGGUAGAUUCGGAAAUACUGAGAAAGAUAUUAU